UGUGUGUGUGUGUGUGAGAGAGUGAGUGUGUGCUGUAGACUGAGGGAAACUGCUGCUCUGCCGAUAGCAGCCAGUGCAAAGGCCUGUUCUCACACACACUGUGAAUUACUCUGCAUCUGUUCUUUCUUCUUUUAUUUCUUUUUUCCUCCGUGUCUCUGUCUCUCUUUUUCUCUCUCGCUUUACUGCACUCCUCGAUCACACCUUACUAGAUGAAAAUGUCAAGAGAUGCAGAAACUCUGUCAAACGGGUUGGAUCCGAACAUGGGUCUCCAGCAUUGCUAAAGCAACACUCUUCCAGGUCGCACCAAAGGGGAAGGUCGGAGAAAUCUGACCUGUCAGUGGCUCUCCAAGACUGCAUGGCAGCACUGGAUCUGUUCCUGCAAAAUGAAUUUGAUGAGGCUCUGACCAGACUUAAGAGCAGGAAUAAAGAAAGCAUGUACCAUGCGCUCACAUAUGCCACCAUACUGGAAAUGCAGGCAAUGAUGACCUUCAACCCGGAGGAUAUCUUGGCAGCAGGAAACACCAUGAAAGAGGCACAGGCUGUGUGUCAAAGAUACCGUAAAAAGUCUUCCUUCAACAGCAAAAACUUCACAGAAGAGGAGCUCCAUGCUGAAGUGUGCUAUGCUGAAUGCCUCCUCCAGAGAGCAGCACUAACUUUCCUUCAGGAUGAAAAUAUGAUCAGCUUCAUAAAGGGAGGGAUGAAAGUGAGGAACAGCUAUCAGAUAUACAAGGAGCUACAUACAGUCCUGAAGUCCUCAGUUUAUGUUCAUGGUGACAAUCAUGGUCAUUUUGAAGGAGGUGUUAAGCUUGGGGUUGGGGCCUUUAAUCUGAUGCUGUCGCUGUUGCCAACAAGGACUCUCAGAUUGUUGGAAUUUGUUGGCUUCUCUGGUAACAAAGAGUUUGGUCUACAGCAGCUUCAGGAGGGCUCUGCUGACUACACGUUUAGGUCUUUCUUGUGUAACAUGUUGUUACUUUGCUACCACACCUUCAUGAGCUUCAUUCUGGGCACUGGAAAUGGAGAUGUGGAGGACGCAGAAAAACUGCUGCAGCCUUAUCUGAAAAUGUAUCCAAAGGGAUCCAUUUUCCUGUUUUUCGCUGGUCGAAUUGAGGAAAUUAAAGGAAACCUGGAUGCUGCUAUCAAGCGUUUCGAGGAGUGCUGUGAAGCACAGCAGAACUGGAAGCAGUUCCAUCACAUGUGUUACUGGGAGCUCAUGUGGUGUUUCACCUAUAAGAGACACUGGAAGAUGGCCUACUUCUAUGCAGAUCUGCUCAGCAAAGAGAACACCUGGUCUAAGUCCACAUAUGCAUAUAUGAAAGGUGCUUACCUCAGCAUGCUGAGUCGUGAGGAAUGCCAGCCGUUCGGGGAGAACGAGGUGGCUUUGUUUAGGCAAGUUCAUGGUCUGAAACAGAAAAUAGCUGGGAAGUCAUUGCCCACAGAGAAGUUUGCAAUCAGAAAAGCUCGACGCUACAACUCAGACAAUCCCAUUCCUCUUCCUGCACCUCCAUUGGAAAUGAUGUAUAUCUGGAAUGGCUACACUGUGAUAGGGAAGCAUAAGGACCUGACAGAGGGAAUGCUGAAGACCCUGGACGAGGCCCAACAGAAGCUUGAGCAAUACCCAAGGACUGAGUUCACUACAGAUGACCAAUGUGUGGUUAGUCUACUGAAGGGGCUUUGUCUCAAACACUUGGGCCACAAGGAGGAAGCCGAACAUUACUUCACUCUCGUCCUCUGCAAUGAGAGUCAGAUUAAAUAUGACCACUACCUGGUGCCCAAUGCUCUUCUGGAACAUGGUUUACUAUGUUUGGAGGAGGACAGAGUAGAGGAGGCCAUCAGACUUCUGGAGACAGCCAAGCAAAAUUACAAGAACUACUCCAUGGAAUCACGGACACACUUCCGGAUCCAGGCAGCACUACAUAAGGCACGAGGCACAGCUGAGAACGGAAACCACUGCUCACCCUCCAGCCCUUAGCAGUUAGGGGUCACCACUGGUGUCACAAAAGCCAUGAUUAGGCUUGCCGUGGUGAUAAAACAGGAUAUUGAACCACAAGUGUAUGAAAAUGAGACAUAGUGCAAUUCAAUCAAGAUGAAGUAAUGACAUCAUGCAGUUAUGAUGUCACAGAAAUUGUAUCAUGCUAUUAUAAUAUUGUGAAUGUACUACUAUUAUUAUUAUUGUUAUUAUUAAUAAUAGUUCAGUUAUUAUACAAUAACAACAACAAUAUUAUUCUAGCUAGCACAUCAGGUUAAUAACAUGACCUCUCGAAUCACACAUCUGUCAGCCAUUUUAGCUGUUUUUAGAAGUCUUAUAAUAAUGCUUUCCACAACUACCAUAGAAACUGUGGCCAUGCUGUGACAACAGUAGUCUAGACGUACUGUAGCUGUGCCUUAUGGCUAACCGUAAUAUAUGUUUUAUUUGCAUUUAAAGCACAUGUGCACAACUUUUUGUUUACUUAAUCUUUGGAGUUUAAUAGGUCAUUAAAAAAUGCUCAGGAGUUUUGAAAUCUUUGGUUAGAGUACACUGGCCUUGUUAAAUCUCAUGGAUAGGAUGAAUCCUGUUCUCAACUUAAUUUCAAUUAUAUUUAACACUGUCUUAGUGUUUCUGUUUGCAUUGUUAGUCUGUAUUAACUGUGUUAAUAAAAAAUAUAAAACAUG